AAAAGCACAGUUGUUUGGGGAUUUAACGCGUGCAACCCAAGCGGUUAAAUCGGACAGCAAAAAGACAUGAAUCAUCAAAUUGAGGCGGCAGUUGCUCGGCUGCGGCUGCCAGCUGACACUAGCUGAGGAGGGGAGCUCAAAGCUGACUCGCUCGCUCGCGCUUUCGCUCCCUCUCUCUACUUGUCUGUCACUCGGUCGUGUCAGCGAGAGGCGGCUAGCCGGCGCAGCAUCACUACUACCACCACCACUACCACCACCAUCAUGGCGGACCAAGGCGAAGCCCCGGUUCCUGUCCCGCAGCCGCCGCCACAGACGGCGAGCUGGCCAAUUACCAGGGAGUCGUACGAGCUACAGGAAGUCAUUGGUAGCGGGGCCACAGCGGUGGUGCAAGCAGCAAUGUGUUCUCCCAGACAGGAGCGCGUUGCCAUCAAGAGAAUCAACCUGGAAAAAUGCCAGACCAGCAUGGACGAAUUGCUGAAAGAAAUUCAAGCAAUGAGCCAAUGCAACCACCCCAAUGUUGUCACUUAUUAUACUUCCUUUGUGGUGAAGGAUGAACUGUGGUUAGUCAUGAAGCUCCUGAGUGGAGGCUCCAUGCUGGACAUUAUCAAGCACACAAGCAAAGAAGAAGACAAAAAUCUCGACGAGCCAAUAAUUGCCUCCAUCCUGAAAGAAGUCCUCGAAGGCCUCGACUACCUGCACAGAAAUGGACAGAUCCACCGGGAUGUGAAAGCCGGGAAUAUUCUACUGGGUGAAGAUGGAUCUGUUCAGAUUGCAGAUUUUGGCGUAAGUGCAUUCCUAGCCACAGGGGGCGAUAUGACAAGAAACAAAGUCCGAAAGACAUUUGUGGGCACGCCAUGCUGGAUGGCACCAGAGGUGAUGGAACAGGUACGAGGUUACGAUUUCAAAGCAGACAUUUGGAGUUUUGGAAUCACGGCCAUAGAACUAGCGACGGGUUCUGCGCCCUAUCACCGCUACCCCCCUAUGAAGGUCUUAAUGUUGACGCUGCAGAACGAUCCACCCACUCUGGAGACGGGUAUCGAGGACAAGGAAAUGCUGAAGAAGUACGGCAAAUCGUUUAGGAAGCUAAUAACUAUGUGCCUUCAGAAGGAUCCUGCCAAAAGGCCUGCAGCUGCAGAGCUCUUGAAGAGCAAAUUUUUCCAAAAGGCAAAGAACAAAGACUAUCUGGUUGAAAAGCUCUUGUGCCGGGCUCCGAAGAUAUCCCAAAGAGCAAAGAAGGUGAGGCGGGUCCCGGGCUCCAGCGGCCACCUGCACAAGACGGAGGACGGCGACUGGGAAUGGAGUGACGACGAGCUGGACGAAGGCAGUGAGGAAGGCAAGGCGGCCGUCAACCAGGGCAGGUCACGGCGGGUCAAGGACGACUCCAAAGUCAACGAGGAGAAUGUCAAGAAUGUUCCUUUUGAUGGGUUAUCCAGCCACCAUCCGCAGGUGGAGCCGUUUGGGGAUUCGCUCUACAUUCAUAGUGCUGUCAACUUGGUCCUGCGACUCAGGAACUCCAAAAAGGAACUGAACGACAUCCGUUUUGAAUUCACUCCCGGGCGAGACACCGCUGAUGGAGUUUCCCAGGAGCUGUUCUCCGCGGGUCUUGUCAAUGGGCAUGAUGUGGUUACCGUCGCUGCUAACCUUCAAAAGAUUGUCGAUGACCCAGCUACCUACAAAGUGUUGACCUUUAAGCUGGCCUCGUGCUGUGACGACACGGAACUCCCGGACGAGGUGAAGCUGAUCGGCUUUGCGCAGCUGAGUCUGAGCUGAUGCUCUCUUCGUGCCUCCAGCAGGUGAGACGGGGGACCCACACGGUCAGGGUAGACAGGCUGAGGAACAAAGAGCGCCACUUCCAGCAAACAUCCUCCCUCCAACAACCCCACCCACCCCUACCCCCCAAGCACCAAACGUCCCUGCGUCCCUCCACCCAGCACACGACCAGGGAUCAGGAUGAAGCCCAGGAAACCUACUCAGGAUGUGAAAGAUGAUGUGAGAUGUAGCUUUGAAUGUUUUAUUUAUUUUCUUUGUUUUUUUUUGGUUUUUUUUUUUUACAUCACGUUACCUCUUGCGUUCCUCAAAGCUCUUAUUUAUUGAAAAUCCCACCCCCGCCCCCAUCCCCACUUCUGCCAAAAAACAAUUUUUUUUUGUGACCGGCAUUUCAAAAGCUCAACGACUGUGCUUCACCAGGUUUCUUCUCUCAAGCACAUUUUCAAAAUAACACGAUGAAUGUCUUUCAUAAAAAGACGACGGGAUUGUAUUUUAUGAAUGAGGAUUCGGGCCACGGUGAAAAGAAUUGCGAGAAUAAAGUUGAUUGAAUGAAGAGGGGGGGAAAAAAGGGUGAAAGUGAAUGUCAAAUUGCCUGCAGGAAUGUCAACCAUUCAAUAGCGUGUGGAGAUAUUUAGUCUUAAAAGUUUACCACUCAAUUCUCACAAUGACGACUUUUCCUGCGGAAUACACUGGUUAACAAACUUUUAGGUGUUUUUUCAAGAAGAAAUGCAACUUAACUUUUGGAGAUGUUUUUUUUCUGUCCUUUUUUUCUAGCACGUCAGGUUUUCAGUAAUAAUACAGAUAAUGAGAGAGAGAGAGAGAGAGAGAGAGAAUUUUCAUGAAUCAGGUUUUGCAACAAGUUCUCUAAAUUCCAACCCAUGGUACAACCAGACCUGACAAAAACUGAAUAGCUCAAAAACCUGAUGUGCCAGAGCUGUUUCUGAUUUAAACUUUGUUUUUGACUAGUGUUGACAUCAUUUUAUCCCCAAAAAUAUGAAUACCUCUUCCUAUAAUCUGAAUAUUUCAUUACUCUACAAUUAUGCCUUUUUUUGUUGGUUUUUUUUUUGUUUGGUUGUUUUGUUUUUUUUUUGCUUGAAACAUUCAUUUUUGUGAAUUUCUCUCAUUUUACAAAGUGACACCACGUUUGUCGCAAUAUUUGAACUCCGAUGAAAACCUAACAGCGCUACUACCCGUCUUUAUAUUCGGAAUUAAUUUUCAGUGUGGCCUCAAUAAUCCUUCCUAGUAGUCCUCACAUGGACCACAAGGGUUGAGUGUCCAGGCGAGGGGGGAAAAAAAAAAACAAAAAAUAACCCCAGACCCAGAAGCUACUGAGUUUGAUUUGCUGCUCCUGUCACGACAGUGUUAUUAAUGCUCCAAAACGCUCAAGGUGCCUUGUUCAUUUUCAUGUGCCUAUGACAGUAUCGUCAAAAGGAGACCGCGCAUACGAGAGAGCAUCGUCUGCCCCAUUUCCAUUUCACACCCGCGUUAUUUCACUGAGCGAAGCAUCUUAACGUUAAUGCACUUUUAGGCCGAGUUGCGUCUGCACCCGACAAGCAGACGCCGCCGCCUUUUUGGAGACAAGUUAAGUUGUGAUCUUUGUCAUUUUUUUUCAACCCCCUCCACAACUGCAGCUGUGUUGAUGAGAUGUGAUCGGCUCGGGUUUAUCUACUUUCACAGACUCUCUUUUCAUUUCAUUGCUUUGACCCGCUGCACAACAAUACUUAAAACUCCCCCAAACUUGGAGGGGGGGGGGGGCGAAAAAAAAAAGCUGAAAUGUACUGCGUGUGCACAAGAUGAUUAAUGGCAACAAUAUGGAAAUGACAAUGAAACCAUCUCGUGUGCUCAAUGUGCAAUCGCUCAAAUAUUUUUACGUGUUGUGUUAAAAAAAAAA